GAGAAGCCGGUAUUCUCGUGAGUUCAAGCGCAAUCCUACGCGUGCCAACUCAGAAGUAAACUCUAUUGAGUUCAAUGAGGCUUGCUUCCAGGAAAGGUGUGAGAUAAGAUACUCCUGUUUCAGAGCUGUUCCAAAGGAGCUGAAAAAUACUGAUUUCAUGUUAAUUCUUUUCAGUCAAGAAGAUCAAGGGGAGAAUUUGAAGAGGGAACAAAACAUGCCAGCGUCCUUGAGAAAACUUCAGCAAAUGGCUAUUUAUAUGGGAGUUGUAUCAGCUGGGGGAAGUGCUCUGAUGUAUUACUUCAUGCAAAAGAAUUUUUCCAGAACGAAGUACUAUCAGGAUGCUCUUGAGCAGCUUCAUAAAGACCCAGCAGCACUAGAGGCACUUGGUGCUCCUCCUCUGAAAGUACAUUUCAUCAGACUGAUGGACAAGAGCAAUUGUGUGGAUCUGUCAAGAGCUCAGUUAAAGAUACCAGUAUCUGGAACAAAGUCAGGUGGUUAUCUUCAUGUCAGUUCAGAAAAAGACUUCUCUCUCAACAGUUGGCGUUUGCAGGAAGUCACAUUGCAACUCCGCAGUGGCCAAAGUAUUCAGGUGUACCUCUCUUCUGUGAAGAACACUACUGAGCAAGAAGUGUAACAUUCAGAACGUUGCUGCUUACAUUAUUACUUGAAUAUCCUCAUAUGAAAUGUACAGUCUAAUAGACACCCUCAAACCAAGCAAUGUUUAUGUAUACUAUAUUCCUGCAUCUUGAUAGUAAACUGAGGGUCAGAAUGAAGCAAAGUAGGAGUGGUAAAGGCCCUAAAGUGCACAGGCAAUAUGGGAUGAGUCAAAGAAGGGGCUGGAUUUUUUUUUGUUCAACUUUUGUACCCCAUCCUUCUUCCAGAGUUCAAGACAACUUAGUAAUGUUUUUCAGGCAGUUUCUCUUCAGGUAUCUUACAAGGGCUGAGCUACUUCGUUUCAACACUAGAAUAUAUAAUCUUCAGACUCUGGGCCUGAAACUACUGUAGACUAGGGAUGUUCAAUGAUGGUAAAUCCAGUUCUUUUUUGGCAUGUACAACUCGCUUUGUGUCUUUGUGCUUUGCUGAGGACUUUCCCCCCAAAGUGUGGGAACUCUUUGGUGCAUUUUGGAAUGUUCUGCAAAUUUCUGAACAAUUUGCAGAGUAUGGCUGAAUUCACACAAACUACUCAGAAAUUUGCACAAACUGCAGAACCCACCCACCCCAUGUGAAAAAUUCCCAGAUGAUCCAUGAACCGGGCCAACUUGCUGCAAAUCAAGUCAGGUUCUGCAGCAGACACCAAAACCAAGCUGGGGGGGGGAGUCUAGGAAAACACGUUGAACUCCCCUCCAAACGGAUUUCCCUGACAUCCCUGUUGUAGACAUAUGCUUUAAAGCAUGUAUCAUACAAUUUAUUUUAAGAACCAAACUUCCGUAACUCAACGCAGUAACAGUGCAAUCCCAUACAUGUCUUCUCAGAAGUUAGUCCCAUUGUUUUCAAUCUAAAUAUGUUUAUACUUCCCCAAAUCCCUGUUCAUACAUAAAGCCAACAGGGUGACUGUGGCCCAGUUACUCCACUAGAGUGUAUGUGAAAUCAUGUUGGACAAGACUUUAAUUUAAAUGUUUAUCAUAUGAGGCUACACUCCCAACUUUUAAGUACCUAGCAGCACAGUUGUUUCUCUCUGUGGAUUUCCUCAUUUCUGCCAGGUCUAAGCAGUUCAAUCACCAUUCCCUUAUUACAGGUUGCUGAGAUUUUUUCCACUGUCUUGGUGAGUCUAUUUUUACAGCAAUAAAGUUUGAUCCCAAUAACCUUGGUUUUGUUAGAUUCUAUUACAUUAAAUAAGAUCAACGAAUUAUUCAAAGCAAUACAACCCACAUUUUGUAAUACAUUUAAUAUAUUGGUGCAAAUUGACACCCUGCCACAUAGGAUAAAUGUCCCAUCUGAAAGCCUUGCACUUCCAGCAUUGAAAAUAAUAGAUUAAAACAUCCUAUUGAGUCUUGCUGCAGUUAAAAUACUAAGUAUCAAUUUGUAUUGUAUAUCUUUGCCAACAACCCUUCAGAUUCUGCACCUUUAAUCAUUAUUUCAAUACUUGAUAAUUUCUUCAGCUGACAACUAAAUCCUUGA